UGGCUUUGAAUGGCGGUCCUCCUGAGUAGUUAAGAUUACAGGUAUGAGCCACUAGAGUUCCUGGCAAGUUCUGGUUAUACCAGAGAAAGCUACAGCAUCUCUUCAGCACCUAAGGCCUGUUGGGGGUGGGGAAGUUAGGCGACUUUCUCCAGAGAUAAUGCAAUUUGCUCUGAGGCUUGGCCUGAAUUAUGCAUACCGAAACUUCUGUAUCACGUAAUUUCCCUACAGAGGAACUAGGGCAGGUUCCUGCCCACAAAGUACAGCCAAGACAACUUGCUUCAGCCAAGAGAACAAGUAUCUACUUGCUUCUGUGACUUUACGCCUUGCAGAAGUGGGUUUUGGGACUCCAACAUGAAAGCCCUCAUUAUGACAGCUUCUAGACUACUGCUCCUGCUGUCCACCACUUGGCAAACGGGCAAGGGGAACACUGCAGACAACUCAGGAAAACCAGACCUAACUGUGAGGACUUUGCGUGGUGUCCCACCGAAUGCUUUUAAAGACUUCCCACUUUCUGGCAUAAAAGACUGGACAGGAGCCACUGUAAAUGUGAGGUGCCCCGAAGAAAAUAUUUCCCAUCUUCACAUGAAUAAUGUCACCGUAGGGUACCUGACAAGUUCCGUAAGGACCAAACUGAUUCCCGCCAUCUACAUCGUGGUGUUUGUGGUUGGUAUUCCAGCCAACAGUAUGACGCUGUGGAAACUUUUUUUCAGCAUCAAACCCAUCUGUCUGACCAUCUUCCACACCAACCUGGCUGUGGCCGAUAUUCUCUUCUGUGUCACACUGCCAUUUAAGAUUGUGUACCACCUCAAUGGGAAUAACUGGAUAUUUGGAGAGGUUCUGUGCCGGGUUACCACUGUGCUCUUCUAUGGAAACCUAUACUGCUCCAUUCUGCUCCUUACCUGCAUGAGCAUCAGCCGCUACCUGGCCAUUGUUCAUCCUUUCACCUACCGGAGGCUGCCCAAGCGCAAAUACACUUGGCUAACCUGUGGCAUGGUAUGGGUAAUGGUGUUCUUAUACAUGCUGCCAUUUUGCAUCCUGAAGCAGGAAUUAUACCUCCCACAGCUGGACAUCACCACCUGCCAUGAUGGCUACCACCUCUGCGAGUCUUCCUCCCUCUUCCAGCUGUGCUACUUCAUCUCCUUAGCUGUCUUUGGAUUCUUAAUUCCAUUCAUGGUUGUUGUAUACUGCUAUGCAAAUAUCAUCCGCAGACUGAACGUACAUGAUCAAAGAUGGCAGAGGUAUUCCAAGGCGGUUGUCUUCAUCAUGGUGAUUUUUACACUUUGCUUUGCACCAAGCAAUGUUUUACUUAUUGUUUAUUCUGCUAACUACUAUAGCCACAAUAUGGAUGGCUUAUACUUUUCUUAUCUUAUAGCUUUGUGCCUGGGUAGCCUGAGUAUUUGCUUAGAUCCAUUCCUUUAUUUUCUCAUGUUAAAAAUGUUAGAUUGGUCCACUUCUUAGCUGACCAUGGGGAAAACAUCUUAGAGAACAGGGAAAGUUAUCUACAAAGACAUACUUGGGACACAUAUGCUGAGUGCAAGCACCUCUAGUCUGUUGCUCCAUGUUUUGAGCUCUUCAGCCACAGUAUUUCAAAUAUCAAACAUUACAAAAGCACUAGUAAUUGCUUUUAUGUGUAAGAGUGCUGUGCUGUCCCUUAGCUCUUUUGCUCAAGGCUGGUGCUCUAUCACUUGAACCACAGCUUCAC